GGUCGAUGCACUGGAACUCCAUCUCCAACAAUUGUGACUGUGUGAUUGGAAAGGCUGGUGCUACACAACCAAAAGAAACCCCCCUCCUCUCUCUGGAUGAGCUGUUAGGGCACCCUUUGCCUCUUCCCAGGAAUCUUGCUGGCCAGCUAAUUGCUCAGCUAGGGAGGCAUCUGCAGUCAGUGACAUCUAGGACAAUGAGGACUAGUCAUCCUGAAGAGGUGAUAACGCACAAUGUAGCAUUACAGUGUAAGGACUGGAGGGAGGACUAGGCCUCGCUUAGAGCCAAAUCAAAGGGACCAGCUCAGAGGACUGGGCGGGAUUCCUGGCUCCACCCCCAGCAGAAGCUCUGGUCUCCUGGUGAGUCUGUCCCAGGAGGAGGAGGAGGAGGAGGACCCCGAGGAAGAAGCAGGCCGAGAGCUGCUGGGGAGAUGGGAAGAAGGCCUCAGCCUGUGAGGAAGAAGGACCAGGACAUCCGUGCAAGGCCUCCGGAGGGAAGUGGUUCUUCUGUGAGGAUCGCUGGGGAUCUGCAUUGCCAGGUUAAUGAGACCUCUCUCUGGUCAUCUCUUUGGUGAAAAGUCCUUACUGCACCGCUUUUCCUUGGAAUCCGAAACGAAAUCCUGGCUGCUCUGGGUCUGCCUUCGGCACCUGCCUUUGGAGGCCGAGGACUGCUCAGCCCUUGGGGGAGGGUUGGGCCCCUUAAUCCCCCACCCCCAGGCACCGGAUAUGGGGAGCGUGUUUCCCCACAUCAAAAUAAUACAGUGGAUGGUGGCAGCAGCCUCCUGGGAAGCCCUUCCGGGCAAGGGUCCCACCCCAGUGAGGGAACUCCUCCCCGCUCCCCCUGGGCCUCUGGCAGGAGUCCUGACACACACACAGGAGGAAAGGGAUCUGGCUUGGAAAGACCGGCUUCUUCCUGCCUGAGGGAUGGUGAGUCCUCCUUGCUGCCUCUCUCUGUGGGCACCAGCCAGAACUGUGGGCAGCGAAUGCCUUGUGCUGAAUCCGUGUUGCCGUCCUGGUAUGUUUUAAAGGGUUUCUUAGGGGGGUGGGGACAAACCAUCCAUCCCAGAGGGAGAUAACUAGGAGGAGGAUGGAAGGCACAGACAAGACCGAAGAUCGGAAGUCUCCGUGAAGCCCGAGCUGUCCAUUGAUUGGAGUUACCACAUCUCGACUUCUGCGAGACCUUUAGACUAACACUAGUGUCAUCCCAAUCUUGAUUCUGAGAUUGCCCUGGAUGGACAAAUGUUUCCAGGAGUCCAGAUCUGCUGGGCUUGUGCCACCCCCACCCCUCGUAGCCCACCAGGAGUCUAAUGAAACUCCCUGGUUCUGCUUACUUCCCAGCACCGCAAAGACAGGGGAGUUGCUGAGCAUCCAUCAAGGCCCUUUCCAUGCCUGGUGGGUCAGCAGCGGUGCAGCCACCUCCUUGACGAGAGCUGCUUUCUGUCGGUUUGGUUUACCUUUGGGGGGCUUCAUCAAAAGGGAAGGUGGAUUCUUCAUUGCUUCCUGUGUUUGAAGCGGUGUCUGUGGUUAGGUUUACCCUCACAACAAGCCUGUGAGGUAGGUUAGGCUGAGAAAUAGGUGACUGGCCCAGAGUCACCCAAUGAGCUUCAUGGCUGAACAGGGAUUUGAACUCGGGGCUCCCCAGUCCUAGUCCAACUCUACACCACACUGGCUCCAGUGUGGACAGCUAUCGGAUGCAGAAGUUGGCCAUUCCUUCUCCUUGUCGCCUAUGUGAGGAGGUGUGUCAAGCUGCACCUUUUCAGUCACUUCCCCAUUGUAGACUUCUUGUUAGUCUUGUACUGCACUGUCUCAACACUCGGUCCCAGUUUGUAUGUUUCUGGAAGAGUGUGCUUGUCUGUGGCUGGAUCCCAUACCGCUCAAGGACGGGAUAUACAGGCGGACCUCAGUAUCCGGGAGGGUUCCAUUCUCCGCUACAACCACCGAUUCCGAAACGGCAUAUACCAAGGCAUUAAGUCAAUGAAAAAAUUGCUGGGGAAAUGGCCACAGAACCUUUAAAAGAGUGAAACAAAGCACCCUACUGUGCUGUGUGGGCACCCAGCUAGCCACCCACCCACCCCCGUCUUAGUCCUUUCCAUUAUUCAGCAAUUUUUUUUGCAGAAAAUAGUGUUUUUAAAAACUUAAUGAGCUCCCUUUUACAAAACGGCAUCUGGAAAUAUUUUUGGAGGAUAUUUUCGGGCAUCUCCAUACCGUGGAUACACAGAAAUUAACCAUUUCUUUUCCGUGUAAGCCGGGGUCGGGUGUCAAUUGCCCGACCACGGAUAUGCUAAACCACAGAUAUAGGAUCCAUGGAUAACUGGGUUUGAAUUCAACCUGAGGACAACUUCAGCCAUGCCCUUUUAAUUCCACAAUGCUCCCAUGAUCUCUGUAAAGAAGAUCCAAAGCAGGCCCAGGGAAUGAAUGAAGGGGUUUCCUUUCAUAUCACCAUCUCUGGAAGGGCGAAAACCGGUUCUGCUUUACAGGCAAGCCCUGUUCUCCAUGGAUCCUCCUACUUAUAAUGGCCAGGAGGCACGUUGGUGCUGGCCCUUUCUGGUCCUCUUCAUGUAACCUCACUUAGCGACUUGGACAACUACGAAGCAAGAGAGUGUGAAGGGGGAGAAAAAUGACACAGCACUGACAAAAUGAAAGUGGAAAGGAGGGUGGGGAGAAUUCCCCAGGUGCUGGUAGAUUUUUCUAAAUGUUGUUAUUGGUAUAUUUUCACAAAAUAGUUUUGGUGUUGCCUGUGUGCUAACAACAACAAAACCAGCUCACUGACUUCUAGCAGAGGUUUUUACUUUUUAAUGGCAUAUUAGAUAGAUAGAUAGAUAGAUAGAUAGAUAGAUAGAUAGAUAGAUACUGUAGAUAGACAGAUAUUUUAUUCACGACCCAUGGUCAGCUUAUAAAACAACUAAAAAUGGGAGAAUAAAUAAAUCCUACAAAAGAUUAACAGUUGCUAGAAAAUAAUAAAACAUCGGUCACAUACAGUACCAAUCAAAGACUUAACUAGCAAUUGCUAACAAGAAAUAGAAAUAGAAACUAAAACUUCAGGAAGAACAUACGCAUGAAAUAAAAAACUGACGUAACCACAUAGCAUUAGAGCAACACUUCGCGACCUUAUAUGUAAUAGAUGGAGAUUGAUCUGUCCAAGAUAAGAGACACAAAAGUCUUCUAAGCAUCCUGGAGAGGGUGCCAGACAAGGAGAUAUCAGGGAGGGUCUUAACUCUCUGUAAAACAAACAACGGAGCAAUACAUGUUGGAUGGUUUCAAUCGCCCUAUAACCACAAGGGCAGAUUCUAUCUUCCCUAGGUAUACUCUUUAUUCUCCCCACAUGCACAACCGACAGGAGCAGGUCAUACCUUGCUCUAAAGCAGGGCUGGGGAACCUUGGCCCUCCAGCUGUUUUUGAUCUGGGAUCAUGGAAAACUCGUGUUGCUUUUCAUUAUCCAGGAUUCUCUGCUUCAGAGCCUGUAGAGCUUGAUUAUGGCUCAACAAAACCAGAUAAUCCAUGGAGAAUCCCAAUGAAAGAAUUUUAGCAUGGAUUGCCUGGGCCCAAGAAGAUUGAAAACUAUCAACCCAAAUGGCCAAAAUCCAUCCUUGAGGAAAGAAGUUUAUCCUAAGCCAAAAUGCUAGGAUCAACAUCCAAGCUCUAGCCUCAAUUCUCAGAAUACCCAGAUCAAAUCUCAACAUCACAGAAUGAGCACAUCUUGGUGCUCUUAGUAUUGUCCUAAGAAAUUGAUUUUGCACAGCCUCCAGGGUUUUAUAAGAAGGAUAGGGGCCCUACUGUGCGCCAUACAGUGCCUGACUCCUAGCUUUGGUCUCCCUGGCUUCUCCAAGAGAGGGCUGAGAGAAAUUCCUGCCUGUAGCCUUGGAGAAGCCACUGCCACUCUGUGUAGAAAAUACUGAGCUAGAUGGACUAAUAGUCUGACUCAGUAUAUGGCAGCUUCCUAGGUUCCUAAGAGGACAGCAUCCAACAGGGAUGGUAUCCUAAUGGAGAAUUACACAGAGAAAGCAAGAGGGUGUGUUGAAGAAUUUGUGGCUUUGGAGAUUACAAACUUGGUUCAGGGGUGUCCAGCAUCUGCCACAUUCUUCUCCAAAUCUAACCUAAGAGAGGUAGGCUGCAGCAUUGACUGCUAGGUGCCAUCCACCAAAGUGAGAAGCACAGAGACUUGCAUCGACCAGCAUGCCUACCAGGCGGAGGAGAAAGGUGUGUGGGUCUGCUGGCCCUCCCCUCCGCUCUGCUCUUUGGCAACACAGGCUUGCGCGUGGGCUUCUUGUAUGUUACUGCGGAUGACACUUGCACAAAACCAUUCAUGAUCUUCUCUUUCGUCUCCCUGACGCACCUCAAGGCUGUCAGACAGAUCAAGGAGAGGGACAGUACACACUUCUUUGCUUGUAACAACAGUUUCUAACUGAAGUUGAGGAUUCCAAUAGAAAAGGCUCUCUUCUAAUGUGUUCCUUGGGAUUCUCACUACUGAGUUUUGCAUGGUGUCAAGACAUGCUGCUCUCUGCUGGAUUGACACCUCUUCCUGAUCUGUCUGUUGUUUCUCAUGUGGUACAAACGUGGUCACAUCUUCAAGAGAAGUGUAGUUUUGUAUUCCACAGCAGAGCAAAUAAUAGCAACUUCCUUACAGUACGUUCAAUUGCAGACCAAAUUCAAAAGGAGCAUGGAAGUCUCCUGAGCAGAGACAAAUGAAGAGGUUUAUCUGUCCCUCCCUGCCUCCCUCUCGUAAUGUCAAAUACAUCCCAUGGACAGCAUCAAAACUUCCAUAUGGCCUAGAAAGCUGGGCUUUGGAAUAUGUUGAAGACAAUCUAACUAGCAGAAAAAACCAACAGUAGGAUGUUGGUGCACGUGUUCCCAGGGUCGGUGCCAGACUCUUUUGCGCCCUAGGCAAACACAUUGACACUCUACACUCUGCGCCCCCCUGAGGUCUGAGGUCUGCACUCUGCUGCCUAGUUGGCCUAACGGUAGCACCGGGCCUGCUUGUUCCUCACAAGGGGGACACAGAACUGUAAGGCACUUGCAUCUAGACCUGAAACUUGCUGAAGGUGCCUCCGAUUAGAACACUCUUUGAAAGUGAAGAUCCUUUUGACAUGUAAUCCUGAACCUGAGACAAGGAAACCCUCCAACAGAGGCCAGGCUGCUUGCUUCUUGCCAGUGAUGAUGAGAACUUGCUGCAUCUCUCUGUGUGAACUAGCCAAAGGUAUGCGCAGGGACUGACUGAUGUUGAAUACAUGUUGUGGAGGAGGUGCCGACUGCUUUGGCUGCUAGCCCAACCAAAGUGGUCUCGCUUGGAGAUCGGUCUCACCAUGCCCCCAAUCCCCCUUAGCAAUGCGAGUCUCCAGUUGUGAUGGUGGGGUCCCUGAAGGAACCAGCAGCUUCACCACCCAUGGGCCGGUGAGCAUGGUGGCAGCCUGGUGUGGGAUCACUUCAAGUUCUGCCUUAGUGACCAUAGACAUGCCGUCUGCACCUACUGAGUAGUAGGUACUGGGUAGAAGUGAGUAAUAGGUACUGUCUGCAUCUACAUGAGUCAGCAGGGGAAAGGACCCCAAGCGUCUUGGGACGAUGAUGGUGCUGCUGUACCUGCGACCCCUUUCACCCCCUUUCUCCUGCUGGCAGCAAUGGUUCUGGCGUGCCCUCGGCUAGCAGCAGCAGCAGCAGCUGCUGCUCCCAAGUCUCCAGGAUUCGAAGGGCACUUGCAAUAGGGGGCGCCCACCACACAGGCCCUGCUAGGGCCCAUAGCCAGCCGCAAUGUACAAUCUGGGACACACCCUGGCUACGGGCCCCUGCUGCUCCCAUGGCGCUCUUGCGGAGAAGCGCCAAAAGAUAGCCGGCCAUUUCCACCGGGGUGAAAAGGCGCAGUGCAUGCUGAAGGAGAGGCAGCUUGAGCUGGACCUGCCUGAACACCGGAACCCUCAGGAGGUUCCUACCCAGUGGAACUCUGACCUUCUUCUCCGGGAUGGUUUGGUUGGGGGGGUUUCUGCUUCAUGCUGUGCCUCAGGAGAGGCAAGGAGGUUUGAUUCUGUAAUGUCCUUUUCUCUGCACUGAGUGUAAUGCUGUUCUCUUGUCAGUAUAACGACCUGGUUUUGCUGGUUCUCAGAUUGACAAAAGCAGUACUUGGCUUCCUUCCUUCCUUCCUUCCUUCCUUCCUUCCUUCCUUCCUUCCUUCCUUCCUUGAGCUCUGGUUUGGUAGUCUGUGUGUGAGAUGGUGUUGUGGAGAGAAAGGGACAGUGGCAGCUCAGCUCUAUGUGUCUGUGUGUGAUAUUUCUUGGUGAUUGCCGUGAUGAGCUCUCUAUCUAGGGUUCCCUUUGAGGACGAACAGGAAGCUACAGUGGGUCCGGAAUGCAGCGGCUCGCCUACCCAUGGGUGCCAGAAAAUAUGAUGGAGUAACACCUCUCCUGCAGUCAUUGCACUGGUUGCCUAUUGGCUUCCGAGUUUAAUUUAAGGUCCUGGUUCUGACCUUGAAAGCCUUUCAGGGCUUGGCAUCUGUCUACCUACAGACCCGCCUCUCCCUUUCCAGUUACAUCCCUUCCGGUUAGAUCGUCUCAGAUGGCCCUUUUGUCGGUCCCUGGUUUCUGAGAGGUUUGGGGCUCUAGGACCCGGGAAAGGGCCUUUUCGGUUGCUUUCCCACUUCUUUGGAGCACUCUUCUGGCUUCUGGGGGCACCAGAGCGGGUUGAGCAUGAUGGGUGCUACCCACCACCCAACCCACAGAGCAAUUGGGAAAUCAGGUGGUUUUUAAUGAUUUCUUUUUAAUUGUGUCAGGGUCAUUUCAGUCCAUUGCCAUACUGAGCCAGAUAAAAUUACAUCUGGUGAGAGCUAGUCUCUCAGUUGGUUUUCUGGGAGGACUAGUCUUCCCAUUGUUCAGCCUUUUCCUUCCCACUGUCAGCAAGGUGCCAUUCACAUUUCCAAUGUCUUCUUUGUGGUUUUAUUGCUGUUUUACAGCCCUGUAACGCCAGCCCCCACCAACAGGCACAGUUACCAUCCACAUCCCCAGUCAGCUGGUGUGACUCCACAGACCAAGACAUGGGUGACAGAGCAUUCCUUCCUCCCCAAAGUUUUGACCAGCAGCCAGGCUAGGUUUUGCCAUUUGGUAGCAAGGCGACUGUCUUACCGAUGGAUUAUUGACUUGUGCUGUAACCAAUCAAUGGUAGCCAGCCUUCAUUCCAAAAGACGGUGUCCCACCCCUCUCUGUUUCUUUUUCCAUUCCAGGUCUUAGGUCAGGAACCAUUGAGUAGAGGGCCUUCCUCCACCCAGCCCAGGACAUUCCCCAACACUUGCUGGCUUGCCAUGAUGCUCUGCUCUAGAUGAGCUUCCGUGGGCUGGAUCACCAGUCCUCCUCACACGAUGAAAUAUAAGAUUUCUUCCUCCAGUGAAAUGAAGCCAGCUCUGCCAAUUCAUCUAAUAGCAGCAGUCCUGCACGUGGCCGUGUCCAGAGUCAACCAGCUGGACCCAGGGACGCAGGGAUAUUCUUAUUGAGCUUUUUUUCUCCUGCGCCACAAACUCCUGCUGCUUCCACUCCCGGGCUACUUGUCCCAUUUGAGACCACUUGGGAAUCUUUUCUAUGUAAGGAUGCCACAGUUUUGCUUUGUCCUAAUAUGUUCUAUGAAGAAGGGAGAAUUCAGUGUCAACUGAAAAUCUCCUGGUUGGCCCCAACUGGAACCCGAAGCAAAGCGCUGUAGUGGUAACCAGUUCAGAAGAUGGUGUUCCAUCAUUCCAUCAUUGGUUUCAUUCAGAAAGACUGGCAUGAUGCUUUCUUCUCAAGUCAAGUCCCAUGGUUGUCUUUUUCUAGAGUUACAUGGCAAGCUCAAGAGUUUGGAUAUUAUUCUGUAGGAAAUGUAACUAAACUGGUUCCAGGUGUUUGAACUGGUUACCAAAACACUUUGGAAAGUGAAUAUUUGACCCCACACUGAACGGGAGAGUUCCAAAAGAAUGACCAAGUUAGAAAUGGUGUGACUCCCUGCACAGGUGGUUUCUUACUUUACCUGGAUUUAAUGUAUAAGCUCUUCUUCGGAGUUAAUUGUGAGCACCCUUUCCCACUUCCAUAUGUCCUGGUGGUUUCUUGGCCCAACUGGAAUGAAACACAAUACCACAAUAAACAUGAGUGCUUUUUCAAUGUUGCAUUCUCAAGACCGGUUGUCACUCAUAUACUCAUGUCUGAUCUUUUCUCCCCGCCCCCCAUAGAACAAGAACAUUGAGGCGCUCCAGAGGAUGAUCAGGGCUUUGCUGGAGGAGGCCCCCUCUGUCUGGAACUUAAUCAGCAUCUUGAAGGUAAGUGCAAUGAAAGCCCUAUUCAGACAGUCGGUAGUACAUGUGUGCAGGUGUCUGAACACUGGUACGUGAUUUUGUGUGCAUGACUGUAGUUGCAUUUGUUUUAAAAGUGAACCUGGGCACAGGCCCCUCACAGGCCUGGUCCAGCUAGGAAGUGUCAUGCAGUGCCUGAAAACAGGACUGCCUUUUGGUUACACGGUUUCCAUUCACCCCUGAGCUCGUUCAUGGUUCUUCUCUGCAACUUUGCCAGCUCUAACAUAAUCUGGCUGAGCUGGGCUGACCAGAACUGCACCCCAUAUGUCAAAGGUCUCUGCCCCAAAGCAUUGGAGCAGCUGUCUCGACCCAAUUCCUCAGCCAGAAGGAGGAUGAUGCACCAUCUGGAAGCCUAUUGGGCUACCUGUAUUGCUGCCCCUCCUUCUGUUCUGCACUCCUUCCCUGCCCCAUUGGCCCCAACUCCUGCCAAUGUCUGCUUAAGGGUCGCAUUCUCACCUUCUCCCUGCUCUCUUCUAGGUUGCGAAGAGUCUGCCUUUGCUGUAGGCAGAUCUUUAAGUCCUCCCCCACCAGUGACUCCGCCAAGGGCAAGCCCCCCAGAGGGAGGUUCUUUAAAUGGAAACACCGCAUUGAGCCUACUCCAGCACCACCUCCAACUCCCACAGGGGACUCCCCGGCAGUAUCCGGAGUCACCAUCGAUGAGCAGGUGCCCCUGGUUGGGACUGGGGCCGACUCUUUGGGGAAGAUCUGACUACUGGGAUCUGACUACUGGAGUGGAGAAAAUGGAAAGAGCUGAGGUAGGGAUCCAUUCAGAAAAGGGCCUUCCUCCCUAGAGCCCAGGACGUUUCUCUGAGAGGCAUUUGCCCCAUACGGGAUCUGAAAGCUCCCACUCUCUGCUCUGAUCCCUUUCCCACUUCUGCAUUAUCCCUGAGAGGCAGAAGCAGAAUAUUCCAUGGAGGGGGUGGGGUCCCCAGAAAGGACCUGAGAGCAGCCCACCAAGUAAGGGUGCCCGCUCCAUUUCCAGGAAGGCACGGAGAGUCCUUCAUCUCUAACAGCUCAAUGCUUCUAAUAUUCAGGUCAUCCUCUGCUGGACUGAAUUCUUGACGUCCAUUAUUGACGGUAUUAAGGAUGCCAAGUCCUGUGAAAGUGAGAUGCUGUCGUAUGAAAAAGACAAGGCUGUGGAUGCCGAACUAGAGAGUGAGAUGUGGCAGAGAAUGGAAGAUGAUGACCAAGCGCAGGCUCAGUCAAAACCUGACUGCCAAAAGUGUGUGUUUGAGGCUGGUGCUAUCCCAAUGAAGUCCGUGGGUACUGACCAACUCUCUUCUGCUCUUUGAUCUCUGCCAGGAAAUUAUGGAGGACAUCAAGAAGCAUCCAGACCCUGGGUUUCUCUUGAGCCUCACCAUGGACACUCUUACGGAACUCAGCAAAAUGAAGCCAGCUCUGCCGUUCAAUGUAAAAGCAGCCGUCCUGCACGUGGCGGUGUCCGGGGUGGAUCAACUGGACCCAGGGACCCAGGAGAAAAUGGCAUCCUUCAAGAAGAUGCUCAGGGGGCUGCUGGAGGAUGCCCCCUCUAUCCAGGACACAAUUGGCAUCUUGAAGGAGCUCCACAAGUACAUCAACUCGGAGAAGCCCCGGCUGCAGACUCUGGGCCGAGAAGCCUACAUUGAUGCUCUGGCUCACGUGGCCAGACUGCCCAAUGUGGAACUGGUCACAUGGAAGGUUUUCUUUCACAAGGCAAAGGAGUUGGAUCAUCAUGACAUCCAGAGCACCAUCAAAGAUGGCCUUGUCUUCGAGGACUUCCAUGAAAAGGAGGAUCUUUGUCUGAUCGCCCAUUUGCUUCCUUUUCUUUUUAAUGCUCCUAAAGCUAGGAGAAUAGCUGCCUGGAAGUAUUAUAUGUUUUUAAGAAUACAUAUCAUGUGACAUGAUUGAUUUUAACAAUGACUUUGAAAUGGUUCUUUAUUGUAUUUUGUAUUUUCUUCACCCCUCCCCCCUUUUUGAUCUGUUAUGAUUUAAUUUUUUGUUUGUUUUAUCUUAAUAAAUACAGUUUAUUGUUCUUA